AUGGAGGCCGCCGUGUACAGAAAUGAAGACUUCUGCAUGAUUCUGCACCACCUGAUCUGUCCUCUUCCGUGUAGCAGUGUUUUGUGUUCAGACAGAGAGAAGGCUGUUAGGAGACCAGACGUGAACUCGACGGACGGACAGAAAACAAAGAGCAGACCCUCACUUGUGUACAUCAUGUUCAAACUCGCUGCAGUGGCUCUUGUGCUUCUCAGCGCCAGCUGUUUUGCUAAACAAUCUGACCCCAAAGUGCAGGUGUACAGCCGUAACCCUGGAGAGUAUGGGAAGAAGAACGUGCUGAUCUGCUACGUCAGUGGCUUUCACCCCCCUGACAUCACCAUCAAGCUCCUGAAGAAUGGGGUGGAGAUCCCGGACAGCCGCCAGACCGACCUGGCCUUCGAGCAGGGCUGGCAGUUCCACCUCACCAAGUACGUGGACUUCACCCCCCAGGCGGGAGAGGAGUACACCUGCCGCGUCCGUCACAUGACCAGCCCAGAGAAAUCUUACACGUGGGAACCGGACAUGUGAACAACAGUUCAUUCUCUCCAGCUAUUCUCCAAAACUUCCAACCUGCUUUGAUUUCAUCAUGUCAUUUAGGGGAGUCCAGUCCUGCAGAGUUCAGUUUCUGGUAACUCUGAAGACCUUGAUUAGCUGGCUCAGGUGUGUUUAAUUGAAGCUAAACUCUGCAGGACAGUUAGCCCUCCUGACCCAGGAUGGGACACCUCUGCUUUAGGAUAUGCUGCCCGUGUUGUAUAGACUGCAAUAUGUUUUUUUAUACAGGAUGAAGAGAAGUCUCUAACUUUAAUCUAUUUCAGUUUCUGUGUCAGUAUGACUAAUAAAGAAUAUUCACUCUCUGCCUGCAGUAAAUAUCAGCACAUUUCUAAAGCUUGGGUGUGGAAUUUCUUGCCUUGAUUUAGUCUUUGCAACUUCAGCACUUUGACAUAUUAAUGUCUUUGCAUAUUACUAAUGUUGUUGUAUGUGCUUAUUACGUAUAAAUGUGUUUAAAAUUAAUCUGAAGAUUCAGGAGAGGUGACUUCUCGAUUUAAGGGGCAUCAUUUUUGCACUCACAGGUUCAUGCAUGUUUUUAGUGUUUAGAAGCCAACAGCUUCUGGCAGACAAUGCUUUUGGA